GGCGGUGGACCUGACAGCGAUACAGUUCUUAACUCAGCAUCCAUGGCAGGCGGCAUGAUUGAGGAUAAGACAUUUGUAGAUUUAACAAUCUUGCAAGCCAAAGAUCUGAUGCCUGCUGAUCGUAAUGGCCUAAGUGAUCCUUACUGUACAGUUUUGAUGGGAAGUAAAAAGGUGUUCAAAACUUCAGUGAAGAAAAACACACUUUUCCCAAAGUGGAAUGAGAGCACUUCCUUCCAAGUACUGGAAGACAACCACUUAUUGGAGAUUUUUGUUUAUGACAAGGACAUGAUUUCCAAAGAUUUUCUUGGCAAAGUCAUAUUAACACUAGACAAACUGAAAGAAAUUUCUCAUAAGGGUACAGCUGAAUGGAUUCCUUUACAGAGGACAAAGUCUGGACAAAUUCAGAUUAAAUGUACAGUGACAUGUACAAGCUCUCUGGAACCAGUCAAGAAGUCCCGUUCUUUGAGGCGGAGCAAACAUCCAAACUCUGGGAAGAAUAACAAUGAUGUCUUCUUACCAGUUGUGGACACAGUACAUGAAUCUGAUAAAGGGGAGUUAUCUUCAGGGCUGGAUUCCACGAGCCCUCUACCCCCAGACAGUGUGAAUGGAAGCUCCCCCAAAUCCUCAGAGGGACAGAUCUCCCCAACAAGGGAGGAAAUAUCAUUCAGUCCCAGUAACCAACAGAUUAUUCCAGAAAAAGUGCAGCCCGUGACCUCGACCCCAUCAGCUAGCCAGCUUACCGUGAACCCUGAACUUAGGUUACGGAGGUCAGCCUCAGAUGUCAACGUGAGCAAGAAGCCAGACAAACAGACAACAGGCUACUCAGGGAUGCCGACAGCCUUAACUCUUAAACAUACAGACUCGAGCAACUCCAUCUCAGCAUUGAAUCAUGAUGAUACUAUCUCUAUAGAUUCCUCUGUAGCCGGUCAUGAGAAGCUUUACAAUGUGUCCGGGAAGAUUCUGGAGGUCAGUGGACUGAGGCAGAGCUCUGGGAAUAUUUACAUCAAGGUCCGCCUGGAACACUCAGGAAGCCGAUUGAGAUUUAUUCACCAUGGGCGGGUUAUCGCCAAGUCCUAUCUGUUUCCUGUAAGUGCCUCAGCUCUCAAUCAGCCAUUUGAGGUUGACCGUGGUGCUGGCGUCAGUGGGAACACACACCUUAUCUUUGACAUCAAGAGUGAAAACAAAGACCACUUGGCCCAGAAGUCCUUUAGAUUAAAGGAGUUGUUCUCAGAUUAUGUAGAAGGAGGGGUGGAAAAAUGGCUGCAGCUUUCAGACAAGGCAGAAAUAAAAGUGUUUUUGACUCAGGGAAAGCCAAAUCCCCGUCUUGUGAAGAGACACAGUGGGAUUGGGAAAUCCUUGUCCUUCAGAAAAUGAAAAUAGAAAAAAAAUUAUUCUGGAUGGACAAUGUGUGUGUUCUAAUUAUUAUUAGAUUUUGUUUAUAUUCUUGUUUUUUUUUACAUAUAAUUUAGAUAUUGGACACAAAGGUGUUAUAAAUGUGCAAUUUUAUGAAACCAUUUUCUUUAUAUUUCCUGCAAGUAUUGUAUUCCUUUAUAGUUGUAAAAUUAUAGUAUAAACAUAUAGUACAUGUAAUUGGUGUUUGCUAUCACAAUUCUAAGUACCCCUUCCUUUCUGCCAGAAAAAUGGUUCUUUUUGUUAUUUGUUUUAUACCUCAUUAUAGGCAUUUUUGGAAUCAAGUGUAUGUUUUAGUGCUGUAUGAUGUACUGUAAAUAUAUAACAUUUAGCAGUGUAUUUUAUUCAGCGAUUUAAGCAGGAACUUAAUUUCCACCAAACAUCAUACACUCCAUAAAUACAUGUAAUACAUUUACAGUAUAGCUACAAAUAUAUGUUUAUAUACAUGAACAAUUAUAAAUGUACUGUUCAUAAAAUAGGGAAGAAGAAUGUUACAAUGUAUAUCUCCUUUGUUUAGUCAGUUGUGCAUUUUUGUGAUUACUUUUGUAAUAAGUAUAUUUCGAUUUUAUACAGAGAUCUGUGAUUAAUAAUGUAGAUUUUGUUAGCUACAACAUGUAUCACAUCAAAUGUAUCAGUGUUGAGAGCAGAUGCAUUUUCUAAAACAGCCGGGUGCCAUUUUGAUUAAUUUAUACAAAUAGUAUAUUGUUUGUUAAAUUUACACCGUGUUUCAAAGAAAACUGUGCUAUCCCUUAACUGUGAUAAACAAAAUAAGAUAGUAAUGAAAUUAACAAUAUUUCAAUUUCCUUUAUUUCAUUUAGAUAUUUUUUCAGUAAGCUGGAAGCUUCUUGUUAUGUACAUUAUACAAUUUUUCUAAUAUAUACAGUACAGUGUACAUCAGUUAAAUAACACAAGUUAUUUCAACUGUAGCAAGGUAAUACAAAUUUAUACGUCAUUUUACAUAUUUAUAGUUACUUACUAGAUUUUAGAUCAGUGUAAAUAGAAACAAUCUUUGGAUUACAAAAAACAUUGUACAUGUACACUAUAUC